AUGCGGGAUGCGUUUUUCGGACCGACAAACCGAUAUCUUGUCAUCCCCGCAAAAAACGGACGCCGGCCGCUGUGCUCGAGUGGGGGCGGUGGCGGCGGCGGCCGCCGCCGCGAAGGAGGCGACAACGCGAAAAAAUCGGCCCCCGCCAUAGCGUGGCCGCCCGGUGUUCUUUUGUUUGGGCUCGCCGGCGGCGAAUGGUGUUCGUAUAUCACCUCGGCCGUCGUCGCCCGUGCAACAGCGCCAAACGUCGUUUCGAAAAACAUGCGGACAUCACUUCAUCAGUUUCAAGCCGGCACUCAUUGCAGUCACUCCGCACGUCCGUCCGCCACUGAUUCGUGUCCGUCCGCUCGUUUACGUUUUCGCUCGUUUCCGUUUUACUUGGGCCCCCCUGAAAAAUAUUCAAAACCAUCGACAAGUGUCGACGAGUACUCGAUUGCCCCUCAACGCCAUCGUUCCGUCUCGCGAUGGCCAAACGCGUUCAAAUCCGUCGGACCCAACGAGAGACGUCCACGGUCGGAAUCGUCACGUUCGCCGCUGGAAUCGCCAUCGUUUUCGUCUUGGUCAUCGUCGUCGUCGCUGCCAUCCGCCGCGGGAUCUCACCCCAGUCGGCGUAAUUUGAUGUGA